GCUUACAGUCAGUGUAAGUCCGCACAAGCUCUAUAAAUCUAUUUCCUUGUUAAGAGUACAAACACGACGACAUUCUCAGAAUAUGCUGCGAAUAGCUUUCUCGAGUGCAUCUCGCACAGUAGCGCGGGCUCAGCUUCGGCAAGCUCCCAAACCUGCGUAUCUGCACUUCAGGCGGUACGAGUCCACGAAAGCCGACGAGGCGCUCAAAGCAGCCCGGAAAUUGAAUGAUAAAUUGCAAAAGGAUUGGCAAGGUCCCGUACUAACAUAUGAGCAAGUUAAACCCAAAACUCUCAGCCCAAGUCCCGAUGCUUAUCUCAUCGACGUUCGUGAGCCUGAUGAAGUCAUGCAAGGCAGUAUUCCUUCUUCAGUGAACUUGCCACUAUCUGUGCUUGCGAAUUCGCUACAUCUGUCUUCCACCGCAUUCCAGACUCAACACGGUUUCGCCAAGCCGGAGAAGAACCAAGAGGUAGUUUUCUACUGUCGUAGUGGAAAGCGUAGUGCGACAGCAUGCGACGUGGCAAAACGAAACGGGUACAACAACAUCAUCAACUAUGAGGGCUCUUGGUUAGACUGGGUACAGAGAGAAGGUGGGAAGACCCCAGCAUGAUUUAACCUGAGUAUCUUAGCAUGUCUGAUACAUAGUCGUGUACCACAAGAUUAUUUGCUAGCCCCUCCAUCCUAGCCAUUGAAUGGUCAGGAUCACAAAUUUGAUACGUCACGCACAAGAGUUGAGACGUUCUGCUCGCACCGACGGCUUUGUACAUGACAGACAAACAGCUGCCGUGA